AAAGAAGCCAAGAAAAGAGAAGCCAAAAGAAGCAAGCGCAACACUGUUACAAAACUGUCUGGUUUUGUAACAAUUUCCCCGCCGCUGGCCAAUGAGCAGCGUGGCAGCGUGUCACGUGGUGCCGUUUUAUAUAACACUUUGCUGAGACAAGACAGUUAUUAGGCGGCACGGGGCGGAGGGUAUGGAGCUAGUGGAGGCGCGGCUGGGAUCCGAGCGCGGCAGCUCCGGGCCCCUCCAACCACUGCUUGGCUGUCCCCUCCCUCUGCGUCCCCGGCCGCUAGCCGCCUGUGUCCCGCGUGGGACCCUCUCCCCAUGGAUCCCUUUCGGGCUGGCCAGAUGCUGAGCCUACCCACGGAGCCCAGCUGCAACAACUUCGAGCUGGAGGAGCCGGUGGAGCUGGCCGAGCCGGUGGCAUCAGCGGCUGGCGGCAUAGACACGGGCCCCCAGCUGGAGUCAGCUACCGCAGGUCCCGCACCUCUCUCGACGCGGGAGCUGGAGUCAGAGCAGUCCCCUAGGUCCUCGACGCCUGAGUGCAAAGUUCUGCUCACACAGGCUGACGCCCUGGCGUCUGGGGGCCGCCUCCGGGAAGCCCUCGAGGUGUACCGACAGCUGUCUGAGAGGCAGCAGCUGGUGGCUGAGCAGCUGGAGCAGCUAGUGCGCUGCCUGGCAGACAAUGUCCGACAGGGCAAGGAGGCAGCGCCCACGACUCCCGAGGACGCGGGCUGCCAGGCUGCGGUCAGGGAAGAGGCGGGGGCAGCCCCGGUCAGCGAGGCCACCGAAAUGUGGGAUGGCUUCAAGUGCCGAAAGUGCCACGGGUUUCUCUCCGAUCCCGUGUCCUUGUCGUGCGGCCACACCUUCUGCAAACUGUGUCUGGAACGCGGGCGGGCGGCAGACCGGCGCUGCGCGCUGUGCGGGGUCAAGCUCUCCGCGCUGCUGGUGACCGCGGGGCGGGCGCGCGGUGCCCGGCGAGCUGGGCAGCAAGCGCCACCGCUGCCGCCGCUGCGGGUCAACGUGGUGCUCAGCGGGCUUCUGGGCAAGUUGUUCCCCGGCCCAGCACGGGCUUCACAACUCCGGCACGAGGGCAACCGGCUGUACCGGGAACGGCAGGUGGAGGCGGCCCUGCUCAAGUACAAUGAGGCUGUCAGGCUAGCUCCAAAUGAUCACUUGCUUUAUAGCAACCGGUCUCAGAUUUAUUUCACCCUGGAGUCACACGAGGAUGCACUGCACGAUGCCGAGAUUGCAUGCAGGCUACGCCCAAUGGGUUUCAAGGCCCAUUUCAGAAAAGCCCAGGCCUUAGCCACCUUGGGCAAGGUGGAGGAAGCACUGCGUGAGUUUCUCUACUGUGUGUCCCUUGAUGGAAAGAACAAGCUAGCCUGCACGGAAGCCCAAAGGGAAAGCACUGAGCUCCCCCACUGUUCUCAACAAGGGGAACCAGCAGCCACAGGGGACAGCAACCCGUCUGAAACCAAGGUGGAUGGAUGUCCAGAUAGUGUGAACCCCCAAGCAAGAGAAGAAGAGCAGGAGGGUGCUGCCAUGAAGACUGGCAAACGGCAGGAAAAGAAAAGAAAACACUGUCAGACUGAAGCCCUGGACCUGGAGGCACCUACGAAGACAUCCAAACAAGAUGUUUCCACUGACCAGGGGUCCAAGCCUGAUUUCAACAUCCAACCUGCAUCUUUUGACGCCUCUGAUCUCGAAUGCUCCCUGUGUAUGAGGUUAUUCUAUGAGCCAGUAACAACACCUUGUGGCCACACCUUUUGCUUAAAAUGCCUUGAGAGAUGUCUGGAUCACAACGCAAAGUGUCCGCUGUGUAAAGACGGGCUUUCCCAGUGCUUGGCAUCCAGAAAAUACAGCAAGAAUGUCAUCAUGGAAGAGCUGAUAGCUAAAUUCCUUCCUGAGGAACUCAAGGAACGAAGGAGACUUUAUGAAGAGGAAAUGGAAGAACUCUCUAACUUGAAUAAGAACGUGCCUAUUUUCGUGUGCACCAUGGCCUAUCCCACCGUCCCUUGUCCCUUGCACAUCUUUGAGCCUUGCUACCGCCUGAUGAUUCGUAGAUGCAUCGAGACAGGCACUAGACAGUUUGGCAUGUGUCUGGGUGAUCCUGUCAAAGGAUUUGCAGAAUAUGGCUGCCUUCUAGAGAUCAGAAAUGUCCAGUUCUUUGCUGAUGGCCGCUCUGUGGUCGACAGCAUAGGCAAGAGGCGCUUCAAGGUCCUCCAUCAGGGCCAGCGGGAUGGCUACAACACAGCUGAUAUUGAAUACAUCGAAGACCAAAAGGUUCAAGGGGAAGACUGUGCUGAGCUCAUGGGAUUACACAACUGUGUCUACGAGCAAGCAUCCUCGUGGUUUCACUCCCUGAAAUCAUCUAUGAAGAAUCGGAUACUCAAUCACUUUGGUCCAAUGCCAGAGAAAGAUGCUGACCCCCAGAUGAACCCAAAUGGCCCAGCCUGGUGCUGGUGGACACUAGCAGUCCUUCCAUUGGAAAGCCGAGCUCAGCUCCCGUUCCUGGCAAUGAGAUCCUUAAAGGACAGGCUGAACGGUAUUCGCCGGGUCCUGGCCUUCAUAUCUCGGAACCAAAACUAAUGAGAGUGGACAGCUGAAGAGGAGAACCUGCCUUCUUCAUAGCCCCUGGGGAAGUGGCAUCUUGUAAAUACUAUCUCCUUGCAAUAACAACCUGGCAGAAACGAACAUCAAACAGAGGCACUGCCCUCUGCUGCCGAGGGCAGCAAGAGAUUGAGUCACAAAACUAAAAGAGCGGGGCCUCUUUGAGACUUUGCCUCCAGAUGCUUCUUGGUGCACUGCUGCACACUCACAGUCCAGAUGGAGAAAAAAAAUCUAUUUGAUUUAGACGUAAAGUUCUCUGAGCGCUUAUAGUGGUUUGGCGUUACUUUCCUUGCUUUCAUUAGGUGAGUGACUGUGGUGGAAAGACGAAGCAGAGUUCCUGACGACCGAUGUUGUCUGCGUUCUUCCACCCACUCAAGGUUGAGUUGCAGUGGUUCAGAUUCCCCACAGAGCUGUUGUGUGAAAUCAUGCUCUUCCUUCUGUCCAUGCUCCUAAUUUAUUGUUUUUGCACCACUUUAUCCCUUAUUCCUCCUCCACAUGUGUUUGCAACUGUUUAAGUCUGCUUUACUGGGAAGUCAGCUAUAUAUGGCAUGGUUGACCACUUGCCUAGGGGGAUGGGCCAGUGCAAGAAACGCUUUUUGGUUGGACAUUUUUAUUUUUAUUUAAUUUUUUUCUUUGACCUUUCAUUCUAGUUCUGGAAUAAUUUUUGUCUCUACCCAGUUGGAGGUUGAAAGGAAAUCCCAUGCUGUGCUCAAAUCAUCUGACCGCACAGGUUCCAUUAAUGAUGUCAAGUAGCUACGGGAUGGGCCCCUAAUGAGGGUCUUCGUCGGGGUAAAGUGAAACCAUUCAUUUUUCCAUCUGUUGUGCAAAGAGAACCGGGCUGAUAGGAUUGUUCCUGAAUGAAGUGCUGAAUCAGG